AUGGAGCAAACAGAUUUGGCGAGGGAGCCAUUCGGCUUUGGAAUUGGCGUUAGUCCGUUCCCUCAGCCGCCCGAAUAUGCCAAGCAGUACACGAAUGAGAAUAUCGCAAAGAAAAAUGUUUUGCCACCGCCGCCGAUUCCAUGCGAAUUCACCGUUUUUGGCGAGGAUUAUAAUUUCGAAGAGGAUAUGAUAAGGUCACUUCAAUCACAGAAAAUGCAGCAAUUAUUCUCGAGUUCUGGUGAUUGGAGAAGUGAAUUGAAGAAACUCAAUCGAAGUACUAUUGCAGCAUUUCUCGAUUUGCUUGAUAUUCUUGUCAGGUGUCCAAAUCAUCCAGAAAGGCUGGAAAAAAUUAAUAAUCUCCGAUUGCUUUUCAUCAAUAUGCAUCAUCUAAUCAACGAGUAUCGACCUCUUCAAGCUCGCGAUACUUUGCAGUUGAUGUUAAAACAACAAAUUAAGUCAAUUGAGGAUGUUACCAAGCGAUUUCGGCUUCAUUUGGAUGCUGGGCGUGAAGCAUUACAGUGUUAUUUUGAUGAAAUCCCAUUCGUUUCUCAAUUAGAACUCAAAACGGAUAAAGUAAGCUUUAAAUUUUUCUUAUAG